AUGCGCCGCUCUACAGCUUCCCCCUCUUCGACACGCCUCGACCCCAGCAUCCGCUACUACAUUCACCGCACGCCCGGCAACGCCAUCGUCCCGCUGAUCCCAGCUGACCAGCUUCCCUUCCGGCUGAAGGAUUAUCCGAGGCAUCUGAGCCACAGAGAGUUGAGCGCGGGUGGAUGGAAUUUUGUGGGAGAGACGAGCGGGAUUGCGUGGCCGCUUGCGUUGUGCUAUUCAUCUAGAGAUGCCGCACUGGACUCGCGUGGCAAGGAGAUAUCAGAGCUGAGUGGAGACGUCCAUGGAGGAGACGCUGGUGUAGCCAAGAUAGAAGCUGUAACUCACGUGCCGGGGACGGGGGAGACGACCGGGAGAAUCGCUGCGGACGGGGACGCAGUACUACUGGGCGAAGACGAGGGAGAAGUGAAACAAAUCGCUUUCAGGUCUUCUGAAGCUAUGUCCAUCCCGGACAAGGUUGCAGCACGCGCGAGCUGCGCCGCCUCGGUGGGAAGGACUACGACCCGAUCCCCUUCUCUGACGGAGAGCCUGGCGGCUAUCUACGCCCAGGAGGCGCGCCGCGUGGGCUACACGAAAUGCUCUCCCCUCGCGGCAGAAGAGAAAGAGCACUGCCGCCACUGGAUCAAGACUGGUGCUUGCAAGUGGACCACCGCCAAAGAAGGGUGUCGGUACAAGCACACAAUGCCCUCUGUAGAAAAAUUAGCCGAGAUUGGGAUUACGGGUGUGCCGCGGUGGUUCGGGGAGCGUGACCCGAACCCAAAAGCACAGGGGGUGGUGCCAUGUGCAGAAGAAGAAGGGGGCUCGCGUACGCGGGUGGGAGACGCUUCGCAAGGGAAAGCUGGCGGGAUGUGCGGUGUGUACACCACCAACUCGGUCGACGAGCCAAUGCUCAUGGACAUGGAUGACGCGAGCGGGGCGGAGGAUCCUGAGGUUGUUGCAGAGACGACGAGCGCCCAGGGUCUCGCUGCAAAGACAGCGGAGACCGCCUCAGGGGCGAGUAUUUCUUCGCCCGUCCAGAGCGGCGUCUCCGUAGAUGCGAUGCGCAACGAAGCAUCAGCAGGCCACCCUCUCCCCACGCUUCCUAGCAGCGGUGCACCCCCGAAAGCGAGGCUCGCUCCGACAGUCCCAGACUCGCAGGUCCCUCCCCUCGAUACCUCGUCCAUCCCCAAUGUCGCGGUCACGCACUCCUCCCUUUCUACCCCUCCUCCAAACAUGAAGACAUCGUCCCCCGCUCCUGCUACCGCACCUCGCUCGCAGUCACUUCAGCCCAAGGACCCGCGCAGCACCCCAUGCAGUCCCCAAACCGGAAGUCCACGUGCGGUGCUACAUACAAAGAAGGACGCUGUGUCCCGCUGGAAGAACGAAGAGGCUGCGGAGCGUAAGAGAAUGAGGAAGGGUGAAAGGAGUUCGAAGAGAAAGGCGCGUGUGUCGCAGCACAGGGCUCCGGACCAGAAGAAGGGAGGGAGAGUGGGACGGAAGGGGGUGAAAAUGGAGGCUCAGGGUGUAGCUGUGGCUAUUCAGGCAGAUGGAUGA